AAAGGGGGGCGUGAAGGGAGCCGGGAUCAGCCAGGGGCCAGCAUGAGCCGGAGGGAGGGAAGUCUGGACCCCCAGGCUGAUUCCUCAGUCUCACUUCUUCCCCACUUGGAGGCCAAGAUCCGUCAGACACACAGCCUUGCACACCUCCUCACCAAAUACGCUGAGCAGCUGCUCCAGGAAUAUGUGCAGCUCCAGGGAGACCCCUUCGGGCUGCCCAGCUUCUCGCCGCCGCGGCUGCCGGUGGCCGGCCUGAGCGCUCCGGCUACGAGCCACUCGGGGCUGCCAGUGCACGAGCGGCUGCGGCUGGACGCGGCGGCGCUGGCCGCGCUGCCCCCGCUGCUGGACGCAGUGCGCCGCCGCCAGGCCGAGCUGAACCCGCGCGCGCCGCGCCUGCUGCGCCGCCUGGAGGACGCGGCGCGCCAGGCCCGGGCCCUGGGCGCUGCCGUGGAGGCCUUGCUGGCCGCGCUGGGCGCCGCCAACCGCGGGCCCCGGGCCGAGCCCCCCGCCGCCACCGCCUCUGCCGCCUCCGCCGCCGGAGUCUUCCCCGCCAAGGUGCUGGGGCUCCGCGUUUGCGGCCUCUACCGCGAGUGGCUGAGCCGCACCGAGGGCGACCUGGGCCAGCUGCUGCCCGGGGGCUCUGCCUGAGCGCGGCAGGGCAGCUCGCGCCGCCUCCUCCCGCUGGGUUCCGUCUCUCCUUCCGCUUCUUUGUCUUUCUCUGCCGCUGUCGGUGUCUGUCUGCUCUUAGCUGUCUCCAUUGCCUCGGCCUUCUUUGCUUUUUGUGGGGGAGAGGGGAGGGGACGGGCAGGGUCUCUGUCGCCCAGGCUGGAGUGCAGUGGCGUGAUCCCAGCACUGCAGCCUCAACCUCCUGGACUCAAGCCAUCCUCCCGCCUCAGCUUCCCCAGCAGCUGGGACUACAGGCACGCGCCACCACAGCCGGCUAGUUUUUUAUUUAAUGUUUUGUAGAGACGAGGUUUCGCCAUGUUGCCCAGGCUGGUCUUGAACUACUGGGCUCAAGCGAUCCUCCCACUUCAGCCUCCCUAAGUGCUGGGAUGGCAGGCGUGAGCCACUGUCCCAGCCUCUCUUUGCUUUGCCUGCCCCGUUCUCUUAACUCCUGGGCCCUCCUCGUCUGCAUGGUAACUCUGUCUGGGUCUACCAUUUUCUUGCUCUCCCUCCUUCCUUGGGCCUGCCUCAGUUCCCUUUGGCCUCCCCCUUUACCCAGCUCUUGGGGGGUCUCUGUUUUUCUCCAUCCCCACUUCCUGCCUCCCCGUGGCCUUGUGUGAGCGCAUGUGUACAUCUCAGCUUCAUCUCAAGGAGGUGACACCUUCUCUCCUUGUCCCCGUCUGGCCGUCUGUCUGUGCUUCCCUGGCCAGGGGCGUGCCUGCUGGUCCUAUGGGGGGAAGGCUACUCCGCAUCUCGGCCACCUUCCUCGGGCUCACUCCACCCACAUCCCCAGUCUUCCACACCCCAUCCCUUUGGGCCUCAGCCCUGUCCCUUUGAUGUCUUCCUUUCCUUCAGCCCCUCUGCCCUGUCCCUGCACACUUCCACUGCCUCCCACCAGAUCUGUGGAGACAAAACAAGCAACACCUUAAAAGAGUUUUAUUUCUGAAAAUAAAUUAAUUUUUUGUAAAUAAAAUGUUUAAAAAUAAAAAAGAAACUAAAGUUA